AUGGCGAAGGAAAAAUCCACCACGGACGUCAAACUGUCCAAAGAAGAGCGUAAGGCCGCGCGCAAGGCCGAGAAGCAAGCCCGGAAAUCGGAGACUGCGGGCGUGACGAAAGUCAAGUCGGACAAGAAGGAGAAGAAAGAAAGCCGCAAAGCACUGGCGGAGAAGGCGCUGAACGAGCUCGAAGGCGAGAGCUCGCGAAAGGCCAAAAAGGAGAAGAAGGUGCAAAAGGAGGAAGAGAGCGAUGACGACGAUGAGGAAGAUGGCGAAGGCGUGUCCGUCGAGAAGAGUGAGGAUGGCGAUGAAGUCAUGAAAGAGAAUGAUGAGAGCGCGGAUGAGAAGAAAGAGAAGAAGCAGGAGAAAGCAGCCCGACCGAUCGGGGCGCUGGUGCCGUUUGCGAACCCCCUGGCUGACGAGAAGGUCGCGAAGAAGGUGUUCAAAGGCGUUAAGAAAGCUGCCGCACAACGCACGCUCAAACGCGGCGUCAAAGAAGUUGUCAAAGCGCUACGCAAGUCGCCGACAUCGAGUUCCGAUUCAUCGCUUCCAAUCGGCCUCGUCAUCCUCGCCGCCGACAUUUCUCCCAUGGAUGUCAUCAGCCACAUCCCCGUGCUUUGUGAGGACCACAGCAUCCCAUACGUCUACGUGACCAGCCGUGCGGAGCUGGGCACCGCCAGCCAGACCAAACGGCCCACCAGUGUGGUCAUGGUCAGUCGUGAUGUGGGCAAGAAGGCCAAGGACUCCAAGGCGAAAGCCACGGAUGCCGACGCCGACGGUGAGAACUGGGAAGAGACAUACAAGAGCCUGGUCAAGACCGUGGAGCGGGAGGGCCGCCAUGUCAAGAUCUAA